GCGGUUUUCUUUUUCUUUACGGACUGAGCUGACAGGAUGAAUUCAUUUAAAGUAGAACGCCCCCGAACAUAGUGGGCUCGAUUCCAUGGCGAGUUUAUUCUUAACUCAGUAAAUAAAUAACAACACGGGGGUGGGCACUGACACUUCACCGGCCGCUCCUUCGGUUGCCCUCAUCCGACUGCUUGGUGAACGGGAACGAACGAGCACGGCGACAGCGCACGGGCUCAAGCAUGAGGCCAACACCGGAUCAGUAUCGGGCUGCCAUGCUGCUCAGCGCCGCUGGGGACGCACUCGGCUACCGUAACCAGCUGUGGGAGUACAACGAGUCGGGCGCAGCGAUCCACAGCGAGCUGGCCGAGCUGGGUGGACUGAAGGCCAUUAGGGCAGCGCUGCCGGACUGGCCGGUCAGUGACGACACGGUGCUCCAUCUGGCCACCGCUGAAGCUUUGGUCGCAGGUAAAGAGGGGGAUGAGCUGCUCCAAGAACUGGCCUUCCGCUAUGUAGAAGCCAUGAAAGACAUGGAAGGCAGGAAGCCGGGGCCCACAAGCAUUCUGGGCACCUCUCAGUUAAAGCCUGGUGCACCAUUAGGAUUCCGGAUCCCUUUUAACCCUGAAGCCAGUGGCUGUGGAGCGGCCAUGAGGUCCAUGUGCAUUGGACUGAGGUUUCCCCGUCCAGAGCAGCUGUCUGACCUGAUCAGCGUGUCCAUUGAGAGCGGCCGCAUGACCCACCACCACCCGACUGGGUUCUUGGGGUCUUUGGCUUCAGCCCUCUUCACCUCCUAUGCUGUGCAGCAGCGACCUCUUCUGACGUGGGGGUCUGGCCUGAUGGAGACUUUGCCAAAAGCCCUGCAGUAUGUUGAGGGAGUGGGUGUUGAUGUGGCAGAGAACCGCCGCGAAUGGAGCUAUUUCAGUGAGAAGUGGGCUUGGUAUUUGUCUGAGCGGGGGCUCCAGGCGAGCGAGGGACCCGUGAAGUGGCCCACCCCCUAUGGAGUAGAGGAGCGGGAUGCGGUCUACAAGACUUUCAGUUUGUCGGGCUGGGCGGGGCGUAGUGGCCAUGAUGCUCCAAUGAUAGCCCUGGAUGCUCUGCUGGGGGCCGGUGCAGACUGGGACGAGCUGUGUAGUCGAGCCAUGUUCCAUGGAGGUGACAGCGACUCCACAGGAGUGAUCGCUGGGUGCUGUUGGGGAGUCCUCCAUGGUCUCUCUGGGGUCCCAGAAGGAAACUACUGUGAGCUGGAGUACCAGACUAGACUGGAGCAAGCAGCAGAGCAGCUCUUUCAGCUGGCCUGGGGUUGAAAGUUCAGAGGUCAGGGUGUGUGCUCGGCCCUGCACUGUAGUUGUUCAAUAUUGUGGUUCACGUCCGUAGACAGAAGAAGCUGGCGCUGCCACAGAGAUGCCUCCGCUGACGUCAUGGGUUAUCAAUUAAAACUGAAAUGGAUUAACAGGA